CUGAGAGGCCACAGAGCUGAUACAGGGCUCGGAGUACCGAGCACCCCCGACAUCAUGAGUUGGUCCAUGUACCCCCGGAAUUUAAUUCUCUACUUCUACACUCUUCUAUUGCUCUCUUCAACAUGCCUGGCACGUGUUGCUACCAAAGACAACUGCUGCAUCUUAGAUGAAAGAUUUGGUAGUUAUUGUCCAACUACCUGUGGAAUUGCAGAUUUCCUAUCGACUUACCAAACCAGUGUGGACAAGGAUCUACAGACUUUGGAAGACAUCUUAAAUCAAGCUGAAAACAAAACAUCAGAAGUUAAAGAACUGAUCAAAGCCAUCCAACUCGUCCCUAAUUCUGAUGAACCACAGAGGCCAGGUAGAAUAGAUAGUGCUAUCAGGGAAGCCAAGAAAAUGAUGGAAGAAAUUGUGAAAUACGAAGCAUUGCUUAUAACACAUGCAUCAAGUAUUCGAUUUUUGCUGGAUAUAUAUAAUUCAAAUAAUCAAAAGAUCACUAAUCUGAGACAGAAGGUAGCCCAGCUUGAAGAAAAGUGUCAGGAACCUUGCAGAGACACAGUACAAAUACAAGAUAUAACUGGGAGAGACUGUCAAGACAUUGCCAAUAAGGGAGCCAAAGAGAGUGGGCUUUACUUUAUCAAACCUCUGAAAGCUAAGCAGCAGUUCUUAGUCUACUGUGAAAUUGAUACAUCUGGAAAUGGAUGGACUGUGCUUCAGAAGAGGCUUGAUGGCAGUGUGGAUUUCAAGAAAAAUUGGAUUCAAUAUAAAGAAGGGUUUGGAUAUCUGUCUCCUACUGGCACCACAGAAUUUUGGCUGGGAAAUGAGAAGAUUCAUUUGAUAAGCACACAGUCUACCAUCCCAUAUGUACUAAGAGUGGAGUUGGAGGACUGGAAUGGCAGAACCAGUACUGCAGACUAUUCCACGUUCAAGGUGGGACCUGAAACUGACAAAUACCGCUUGACAUAUGCCUACUUCAUAAGUGGAGAUGCCGGAGAUGCCUUUGACGGCUAUGAUUUUGGUGAUGAUCCUAGUGACAAGUUUUUCACGUCCCACAAUGGCAUGCAGUUCAGUACCUGGGACAAUGACAAUGAUAAAUUUGAAGGCAACUGUGCUCAACAGGAUGGAUCCGGUUGGUGGAUGAACAAGUGUCAUGCUGGCCACCUCAAUGGAGUUUAUUACCAAGGUGGCACUUACUCAAAAUCAUCUACUCCUAAUGGUUAUGAUAAUGGCAUAAUUUGGGCCACUUGGAAACCCCGGUGGUAUUCCAUGAAAAAAACCACCAUGAAGAUAAUCCCAUUCAACAGACUUGCCGUUGGAGAAGGACAGCAGUACACCCUCGGAGGAGCCAAACAGGUUGGACCAGAACACCGUGUCAAAAUAGAAAAUGAAUACGACGCAGAAUAUGACUAAUCAUUUCACCUCGAGAAUUAAAUGUUCAUUUCUAUUAAUCCACAAAGUUUCAGAAACUUUUCUGGAAGUUCCUUCUCAUUUUCUCUUACUAUAUUUAUUAAUUUUAAGUCUUUUAUUAAGGAUAUUUAGCCUUAAAUAGAAAUUAAAACUCACUUCUCACUUCGGACUGUGUUCCCAGAUUACUGAACUCAGAGUUAUUCAAAAUUUGUUUAUUUGAUGAAAUAACAUUUUAGCAUAUUUCCUAGAUAUAUAAUAAAGUUAUUGCCAUAUUUUGUAUUUUAAUGAUCAUAUGUCAUUUUGUCUUGGAGAUUCUUUAAAUUAUUUAUUAAAUAUUUUAGUAUAUACUAAUAAAAUAGGAGUAAAUUCUAGUGUUUCAAAUACCUAAGUAUUUUUUCCUUUUUUAUUACCCCUAAAUCAUACAUAUUUAAUUCUUCUUUUUAAAUGGGAAGAAUUUUAUCUUUUUAAUAUAUUUUCUGUUUUGGUCAUAGGCUGGAGAUAUUUAGAAGACCACUUCAAAGUGAUAUACCUUUUUAAAAGGACUUUAUCUGAACAGAGAAAUAUAAUAUUUUUCCCAUGGGACGAUGAACUCACAAAGCCUCACUUCAUUUUAAGAGUAAAAAGAAUCCUUGCUGAAAACUCCACUAACAGUUUUAUGCUGGUAAUAAUUUAUCUACAUACCACUUCAAUAAACAUUUUUUUUCCUAAGUCUA